AUGUCAGUGACUAUCUGCUCGGAGAUUGUGGAGAUUGAAGCGUUACUUCCUAGUGCCGUGGAUAGUGAAUGUGCAGCUAGGGAUCUGGCACGGCUAAUUCCUUGGGUAUUCAAGAGAACCGACGUGGUCAGUCAGAAUGAAGACUGUACCAUUGCUUGGCCGAUAGAAGACAGGGAUUUCAAGUCCCUUUUUCGCAAGCUUUCUGAUUACAGUCUUGACCUGGCUGGUUCUGAGACACAGAUAUCAGAUGCCUUCGAGGCACGGGAAUCAAUCAAAUUGCUCGAGAAAAGCUGGCAGCAACCAGAGCGAGAGCCCUUCAGUGCCUUCGUCCGAUCGCAAGGCUCCAUGCUGAAGACGUUAAUGACCGCCGUUUACUGUAACCUUGAGGGCAUUCGUGAGCACAGUCCCCAUAUCCAGUUCAAAUCGCAACUUAUAGAAAGGCCGGGGUUGCUGAUGGCUGCAGUGCUGGCUGCAAAUAUCACACUGCAGCGCCGUCGGCAUGUUACAAGAGACCAGGAAGUCUUUGUUUUAGGGUUCUAUGAAUCUUAUCUCCAUAUUGCCUAUGGGGUUUUCCCGGCUACCACUGUAACAAGAGUUCACAAGGAAGGAUGUGCCAAGGGUGAAGAAUUCACAAUCAAGUUCACUCGUGGUUAUAACCUAAACUUGAAGGAUGACUGGCUGGAACUGGUGCCCGCUCUAGCACGACUUUACCGAUACCUCUUAAGUGGGAAUGCGAAGGUCGAAGCUGCAGCUCGUCUGCACAGUGAGGGUCUAACUGUUGGUAUUGGAGCCUGA